AAGGGCAAAGGAUUGUUCGCAAUUGAGAACAUCAGCCAGGGUGAGAAGAUUGCAUGCUUUGGCAAAUCUCCAUUCCGAGAUUUGGUGAACCACAGCUGCGUCCCAAACGCAGGGCUUCUGGCAGAUGACCCUGUUGUCAUUGCGGAGAAACCAAUCUUUGCCGGUGAUGAGAUUGUAAUGGACUACAACGUCAUUAUCAAUGGCACUGUGUUCAGCCAGGUGAAAAAAAUGUUGGGCGCAGUCCCAAGUCCAUGUCUCUGCGGAGCAGCAUCGUGCCAACCACCGCCGCUGAAACAUUGCACCAUGCUGAAGUGCCAGCACACCAAGCUCGAGAUGCAGUUUUCCAAGAAGGUGGACCUGUGGGUGGCAAAAUGUGAACGUGGUGUGCACUCCAGCCUGUUUGUGAUGGGCGACUGGCGUGGUGAUGGCUGCCAUAGAGGCUUGGCCAAGGCGUCGCAGAAAAUGGAAAACCAACUGGUGACGCCUGCCUUGAAGGAUCAGGAUGCAGGCGACAUCAUGAAGAAUGGACACGCAGCAGCAUCUGGGGAAGAUGCUGUGAAGGCGUCGCAGAAAAUGGAAAACCAACUGGUGACGCCUGCCUUGAAGGAUCAGGAUGCAGGCGACAUCAUGAAGAAUGGACACGCAGCAGCAUCUGGGGAAGAUGUUGUGAAGGUCUUCAAGAUUUGUUACACACAAGAUGUUGAGGAGUUUGAAGAGUUUGCUGGUUUUGGCAUCCUUAUUUCACAGAUGUCGGCCAGAGACUAUUGCUUCGCUUCUUCCAAAGCAAUGUUCCAGACAAUGAAGAGGAUCACCAGUGAUCAUGGCUGCACCUUCCACACCGACCAGAUCCUUGACGAUGCCUACUUGAAGCCAGUCUCAGACGCAGAAUUCGAGGCCUGUGCCGCUUGUUCCCUGGGUGCUGCUGUGAAGCUGAUGGCAUGCUGUUCUCAGUAUAGCAGAUCAGAGCUGCUGGACAAGUACGUGGCCCAGUGCGCCAAAGAGCCUGACGAGAUGGCUGAAAUGAUGCUUGACAUGCAUUCUGUGGAGGUUGAGGAUGAUCCAGUGGAUGUUUCAGACCUGUCAGAAUUUGAGGAGUUUGUCGUCACUGAGCCCACCGGUGAGCCUAAGAUAUCUGAUAUGUCUGGGGCAGAUCUGAAGUGUUACCAGCUUCUGAAUCAGAUCAAAGCCCGUCAAGCGGCCAACCGCGUCACAUUCGAAGGCAUUCGUGAAGAUGGCACCUGUAUGGAAGAGCUUCCAGAGAGGCAAGCCCAGCGUCUGGGUUGUGGGCGCAAGCUGCCACCCCCAGAGCUAGACAAAUCUACAUGGGAUGAGGUCCUCGAUGUGGAUGAUGUGGAUGACGAUCAGACAUGCGCAAGAUCCACCAGGAUGAAGAAACUGGUGACCUUAUCGCAGGUCUUUGCCGAGGUUCGACUGGGUGAUGGGGUGGAGUUGACCAAGAUCGAACCAGUGCUGGGGCCCUUGUGGCAGUGUCUUACCAACAUCAGAACAAAGGCAGAUCAUCACGCCUUGCCAAGACCAUACAGAUUCCGAACAACAAAAAAACCACUGAAUUGGUACGCUUCUGCCCAGCGACUGGCGGCCCAAGUGAGAGCCAUCUGUGGCCUCCCAGCCAAGAGGUGUUCCAGAGCCUAUGCAUGGAGAAACCUUGCGGCAUCCUUCAAAAAAAGACAUGGCCUUGAAGAUGCCGCUGCUGAGGUUUGUGCUGGCACGCCAGUCCUCUAUUGCCCUCCAAAAGACCGUGCUUGGCGAGUAGGUGUCAUUCUGACCUGCUGGAGGUACACAGCAAAGAAGGGGGUUCGCUCUGGCGCCAAGCCUUGUACCAUGGCUAUCCCCAGGGAUGUGUGCAGGUACUGCCGGAUUUGCCAGAUGCAGCCUGAUGAGAAUGAUGAUUCUACUUGGAGAUGCCGGGCUUCAAGUUCUACCAGGGUCUGCGACAUCAACCGGGUGGCGCUGUUUCUCUCUGCUGAGGCGCAUCCAAGCAUUGACGGUCUCAAGCUGGUUUUGUCCUCCAAGUCCUUGGAGGCCGUCCGCCAUGCUCAUCUCUGGGACGAAUGGCCAGCGCACUUGCGGGACUUGGAUGAUUUCAAGUCAGCAAGACAAGGACCAGUGGCCGACUUGGCUUUUGCUGCCAAACAACAAUGCAAACCUGUGCGAAAGAGGCGGCAAAGAAGGAAGCAAAAAGCACGGAAAGCACCGAAAGUCAUUACGCCUGCAAAAGGCGUGGAGAUCAUCGACGAUGACAACGAGUCAGCUGAUGAUGCCCAUAACAGUGUGCAUCUUGCUGAUUCUGACAUGUCUGAUGCAGAAGCCACUGGAGCAAAUGACCAGUCCAAAGCGUCCCAGGCAGAUCAGGUGGAGACAGUGCACCCAGUAGAGAAUGGCAAAAAGACACUCAAAAGCUUGCAGAAGAAGACCAAAGAAGCAGUUGACAUGCAGGAGAAACCAGAGAAGAGCAAGGAGAUUUUGGCAAUUGCUGCCAACUUUUCACGUUUCCGCAGUGGAGAUCGUUUGAUAUGGCAGGAGAUGAAUCGCUUGCUGGAGUUGGACCAGCAGCACCACUCCAGCCGUCCUCUGCUGGAUGAACACGGCAGAGUGAGGUUGAAAAACCCAGUCACAGGCGUCACAGAGACAGGAUUGAAAUGGUCAGAGGUCUUGGAACGCGCUCCAGGAUAUUUCUCAAUGCUGCAUCACACCAUUCGCAACCGCGAAGCCUACGGAAAAGCUGUGCAUGGUCAUUUCAUUCGCAUCGCCAAGCAGCUGUCGCAGCCGCCGUACCUGAGAACUGAUUUCCUCCGCUUGAUUUCUGAGAUUCCCACUGCAUCUCUGGGCACAGUUGAGCAGGAAGCAAACAAGCAGCACCCUCGCGGCUUGGGGAUGAAUCAGCAACUGCGCCAGGGAAAAAGUAUGCCGAAGAUCACGGGUCUGGGGGAAGCAGAGGACAU